CUAAAGAGUUGGCAAAAUGCUUUCAAGAGUUUCAACUAAGUCUGAAUUUCAUUGAUUUGUCAAAUGAUAAAAAGACAAUAUUUAGAAAAAUUGCUGGUAAUCUACGUGGGGCAGUAAUUAAUGCCUUGUCAUUUACCUCACCCUUUAGUUUUAGUCAAAUUUUGCAAGCUUCAUGCUUGGCAGAAGGCUACUCUAAAGAAAUGUCUUCUUCUUUCCAGUCUCUUUCACUUGGUUCCAAAACAGUUACCUUAGUACUCAAUGAACAAGAGAUUGAGUUUCAGUUGCAGUGCUGGAACCCUAGUUGCAUCAAAUCUAGUAUUUGUUCGGAAGACGAAAAUGUUAACACAUCUGUAAUCAAUUGCAAGACUGCACAGAAAACUUCAGUCCCAAUCUUAAACUGGUUGAGGUAUGAAUCACUACAUCUACUCUCCAGCAGGAGUGCGUUGAUACCGAAGCUUUUUUCACAGAAAAUAUCAUGGAUUGGUCAGUUGAACGACAGAUUUGGCUACGUUUCCCCACUAACUUCCCGUACAGCUUUUAUGCUAUUCCCAUCCGCCGAUUGCAUUUCCUUUCAAUCCUGGGCCACUAUUCUCUUUGGUUCAAUGAACCAAGAAAGCUCCACGGUAACAAGGACUCGGAAUUUUGUUGAAAGAAUUGUUGAAGAUCAGGGCAGAAGUUCGACAUUUACGGAAGAUCUUUCACCCUCAAUUCCUAACCAGUGCCUCAACUGGUAUCCACUCAGUCACCUCAAAGGAAAUUAUGUUGAAAAGACAGGGGUUCAAUGA